AUGUCCACUCUGGGAGAGCCUGGUAAGCUACUCUCAGGGCCAAUAGAAGCUGCCUGGAUUUCAAAGAACUGUGGCGACGAUAUGAACCUACAAUUCACGUACACUUGCAUCCGAGUACUCGAUAGAAAGCUUGCUCAUGCAAGCAAGAAGGAUAAGCUACGUCAUCGGCCUGGCCGAGACGAGGCCACCCAUUCAAUGUCGUCGAUGACACCGGAGAAGAACUGUUCCUCGGAACAUGUGACAGCAAAGGAGUCGGCGGCGUCGGCGUUCUAG